AUGCUGUACGAAUUGAUCGGAAUCGUUCGACCCGGCAACUUGGCCGAGGUGAAAGAAAUCGUCCUAACAGCCGGCCAACUCGUCCUCCAACAGCGCGGCGUGAUCCGCGGCGUCGACAACUGGGGCGUCUUUUUGCUACCGAGAGCAGUAAGCGUGCACCAGAUGCGCCACCACACGGGCCACUACUUCGCCAUGCGCUUCGACUCCAGCGUGCAGACGCAGCAGGCCGUGCGCAACAUGCUGGCGCUCGACCCCCGCAUGAUUCGGCACGCGGCGGUCAAGUUGGGGGACGGGAAGCUCACGACGAGCUCGAGGUUUGGGAGCCCUUCCUGGACGGGUUAG